AUGGCGGUCGACCAAUCAGGCGGCGCCAGGUCAGCGUCCCCCAUCCCCCACAUUGGCUUGCGCAAGCAUGUAAAGAGACGACUAUCCAGGAUAUUGGGACACGUGAAAGGGAAACUUAUGGGUAAUGGGGAAGAGGAGGAAGGGGAGGAUGCUGGGGACGGGUGGGAGGAGGAGGCACGCGCAGGGAAAGGGCACGCGGAGGAGGGCGGGUGGGGAAGAGCGGGGGAGGGGGGGUGGGGGGAGAGCGAGGGGGACGGGGAGGGCAGCGAGAGCAGCUUCAUGCCUGGGAGCGAGGGAGGCAGCGUGGUGGUGUGGAGCGAGUCAGGCACGGUGACCACAGGGGGUGCGUGGAGCGAGGCGGAGAGCGUGGUUAUCCACCACUCCCACACCGCUGCUAAUAAUGCUGCUGCUCGUGCGUCGAAGCAGCAGCAGCAAGGGCGCGUGGGGGGGCGUGCGGGGGAAGAGCAGGGGCAGAUUAGCAGGGGGAAUGCGCGGGGGGGCGGGUGGAGAGGCGGAGAGGAAGCGGUAGAGGAGGGAGGAGGCGCGCAGGUCCCUGUGCGCAAAACUGCCGCGGAAUGGUUUGAUGAAGAUGAGGAUGAUGAGUGGGGGCUUGCUGGCGAGGCGAGGGGGGAAGGCUCUGAGAGAGGGGCGGGGUCCGCAGGGGGGAGCAGCAGCUGGGGUAGGAGCGGGAGUGCGCAGCAGCUCGCGCAGGGCGAUGGGAGGGGUGCAGCGGGGCUGACACGCAAGCCCGUUGACGUGGUGGGGGCGGACGAGCUUGGUGAUAGUAGCGAGAGCGCCCUGGGCAGCGGCCAAGCGCCCUCCAUGCUGCCCAAGUCCUUCCUCCCGCCCUCCCGCAGCCUCACUACUGCUGGUGAAGCCGCUGCUGCUGCUGCUGCCGGGGGCAGCAGCUGGACGUCCAGCCUCGGCGCCCCUGCCUCUGCUGCCAGCCCUGCUGGAGGCUCGGGGAUAGGCUCGGGAAUAGGGUCUGGUGCGGGCCUGGGGUCGUGGAAGAGCAUGAAGCGCCGGCUCGGCCGGGCCACGAGCGUCGGCUCGGUGCAGACGGAUAUGGAUGGGUGGUGGAGUGAGGAUGGGUGGAGCGAGAUGGGGAGGGGUGAUGGCCAAGACGAGGUGGGUAGCUGGUGGGACGAGGAGAGUGUGAUGAGCAGCUUCAGGGGGGAGAGGGGGGGCGGGGGAGGGGGAACAGGCGGGUGGAUGCGCAGUCUGUCUCGGGGGAGCAUUGGAGGGGGAGGGGAGUGGGGGGAGAGUGGGAGUGUCCCUGGCACGCCAUCUUCUGGGCGCCCCAAGACUGCAGACCCGGCGUUUGGCCGCAGUGGGCUGGGACGCCUCAAUUCAGGCGAGGGGGGAGGUGGGGGGGGAGAGGGGUUGGCAGCAGGGGGGGGAGCCGGGGGGGAAGGGGCGGGCGCGGAGGGGGGCGGAGGGGAGGCGGAUGUGAGGGCGUCAAGCUCGUUUCUGGUGAACUGGCGGCGUAAGCGGCGGCAGCUGCAGCAGGAGCAGGCAAGGAUGCAGGACGCUCUAGCAGCUGGCGGAGGGGUGGGCCGCCUGGAACGAGGGUCCAGGAGGAUCGGCGCCGCCGCCAAGCCUCUGGUUCGGAUCCGAGGCUCGGGGGUAGGUUCGAUGGGGGGGAUGGACGGGGGAAAAGGGCUGGAGCGGGUGGUUGAGAGGCGUGGGGAGGGGGGUUGGUCAGAAUCAUGCAGUAGUGGGAGUGGUGGUGGUAGUGCCAACAGCAGUGGGCGGAGGGUGGGGGAGGCGGACAGCCAAAGCAGCAGCAGGCGAGGGAAUGGUGUUGGGAGCUCUGCCCUUGCUGCUCCCGGUCCCUUACGUACUGCUACUGCUGCUUCUGCUGGUGCUGCUGCUGCGAGUGGUUCUGCUGGUGGUGGUGAUGGUGGUGGCAGGGGCAUGGGCAGCAGUGGGGCUGCGGGGGAAAGGGCACUGGUAAAGCAUGCGAGUUGGCAGCAGGAGAGGGUGAGCAGGCAGGGCAGCCCCUGGGGGUCUAGGGGAGCAGGCGCCGGGGCAGGCGCGCUGCACCAGUCCGUGGGGCAGGGGGGGCGGGUGGGCGAGGGGGGACGCGAGGGGGGUGAUGCUAGGGCUAGGGCGGGAGAUGGCGGUGGGAGGGGCGUGGGAGGGCGACAGUUUGUGCGGCACUUGAGUCUGCAAGAGCGGGGCAGUGGAGGUGGCGGGGGGAUGGAGGGCAGGGGUGUGGAGGGAGGAAGGCGGGCAGGAGGAGGAGGGGGAGGAGGAGGGCUAGGAGGGUGGUUGCCUGGCAGGCCUGGGCUGCCCCCUUCAGGAUCCAUGUCAAGUCGAAGCAUUGGCAAGGCGCCACCUGCCCUGAGCCCCACUGGCCCCCCUCACACCGCUGCCACCACUGUCACUACCACUGCUGCCAGCAGCAGCAGCAGCAGCCGGUCAGGGCGGUUUUUCCAGAAGAAUCUGAGCUUACCGGAAGAAAGGAUCUCCCGACGGAGCAGUGGCCACUGGGACGCCGCCACGUCAGCAGCGGGAAGCGACUCAAACCCCAGGACCCCUCCACCAGCCAGUCCAGGUGGCCGCUCCCCAUUGGCUGGCAGGGGUCUGGGCGCAGCUGGGAGGGGGGGAAGCAGGGAUUGGGGGUCAGGACGAGCAGGGGCGCCUGAGGCAGCCGGGGGAACAACAGGGGAGCGGCGGUUUGUGCGGCACCUUAGUCUGCAGGAGGAGGGGGGAGGCCGCCACAGGAAGAGCUUUAGUCAGUGGUCCUUAGGCCUGGGCCUCGCUGCUGCUGCUGCCUCACCUGGAACGCCAGGCUCGGUGGGAGGCUUGGAACGCAGGUCCGGGCUGGGUGGUUCGGAGAGGCGGUUGGCUCGGAGGAUGAGUUUGGGAGGGGGGGAGGUGUUCAGUGCUAGUGAGUUGGGGAUAGCAGUGGAGCGGCGAGAAGGGUGGCGUGAGGGUGUGGGGGGACUGCUGAGAAAGGUGGCGGGCGGGAGGGAGGCGGGGGGUGGCAAAGACGAGAGCACCGCGAGUGCUGCUGCUGCAGGGGCUGGUGGGAGGCGCAGUGGCGGGGUGGGGGGGCAGCAGCAGUGCAGCUUGACAGGGGGGAGUGGGGCGGAGGCGGGUGAGAGGGGAGCGGGGGGCGCGGGGGAGGCGAGGGCGGAAAGACGUGCUCGUUAUGCCCUGAGGGGCGUGCAGGGCAGCCGGCUGAGGGAGCGCGCGUUCAGACAGCGGAGGAGGAGUGUUGUAGAGGAUUCGAAUGAGAGCCAUGAACGAAUAAGAGGAGGUGAGGAGACGGAGGGGAGAUGCGGCAAGGGAGAGCAGGAGGCGGGGAGAAUGAGUGAUGGAACGAGAGAGGAGAGUGGCGGUGGCGGAGGCGAGGUCAACAGAGAGGUCCGAGGGAGGAAGCAGGAGGGUGUGGGCGGAGGGGAGGAGAGGGAGGGGCAGAGCACAGCAAGGGAUGCGGAAUCAGGGAAGGGGAGCAGUGAUGGGGGCGGUGAGGGGAGCGGUGAUGGGGGCGGUGGUGGGGGCGGUGGUGGGGGCGGUGGUGGGGGCAGUGAAGGGGGACGUGAAUUGCCGUGGAAAUCAGGAUGGCAGAAGCAGGGGGGGCAACCGAUGUGGGUGUAUGGGGCGCGUGGGGAAGAGAAGGAGAUGGGCCACGCGGUGAGGGGGGAGGCGCGGUCCCAGAGUCAGAGACAUGCACAGUAUGAGACGCAGGGGCACAGGAUGGCGCAUGAGCAGAGGGAAACGAAGGAGAUGGGGAAGGAUGAGGAGAGAGAUAAGGAUAAGGAGAAGGAGAGGGAGAAGGGGCAGCUUGAGGUGCAGAAGGGGCAUGGGCAGGGAGGCGUACAGCAGGGCAUGGCAGGGCAAGAGCUGCUGCAUGCAGAGGGGGUUGGGAAGGAGGGACGGGUAGGUGUGGGUACAAGCCCAGUCGGCAGAAGGGCGUUGAUCCGCAGCAGCAGUGUGCCACCGCCUGCUGCCCUGAGUGUGCCUCACUCUCACGGUGCUCCUGCUGCGUCCCGUCUCUCUGACCCAGCUCGCUCAAGCUCUCAACGUCAACAGCACCAGUCCGCGCACCAACUAUUGCAGUCCCCACAGCACCCCCAUGAGCAGCAGCCCCCACAGCACCAGCAUCACCAGCCCGGUAGACCCAGAGGCCUUGUGAAGACUCUCAGCCUGCCGCCCUCUGCUCUCUCCACUGCCGCUGCCACUGCUGCUGCCUCUGGUGCCCGCACUGCUGCACCUGGAGGGCCUACUUCUCCACUGCGCCCUCCCUCCCUGGCACCACGCUCCGUUCUACCCGCGCUGCGACCCUCUUCCCCCUCACUACGCCCUUCUUCCCCCUCACUACGCCCUUCUUCCCCCUCACUACGCCCUUCUUCCCCCUCACGCCCACGUCCCUCUUCCCCUUCACUGCACCCCUCUUCCCCCUCACUACGCCCCUCUUCCCCCAGCCCGGUAUCCAGUGCUGGGGGGAGUGUGAGGCGUGCAGGGGCACGAGCAUCAGAGCGCCCCUCAACUGCCCCAUUACAGCGAUCCUCCACGGCCCCUCAGGAGCGCCCCUCAGUCACGCCGCUGCAGCGCCCAUCCUCCCCUCAGCCUGCACUGCACAAGGCAGUGGGAGCAAGGGCGCCUGAGCAACGCAGCUCACAUGCAGCUACCCAAUCAGCCCAUGUGCCUGUCCCCCACCCUCACCCUGCUGCCCACCCGUCCUUUGCUGCCCACCCGUCCUCUGCUUCCCACCUUUCCCCUGCUCUUGACUCUGCCCAUGCCACGCCAGUGGCGCAGCAGGCAACGGGCAGGGUGGGGAGUGAGGCGGGUGCGGCCCUGGAUGGACGCAGUGUGGGUGCGGCACGGGGAGGUGGAGGGGCGGGCAGUGGGCGCAGCAGUGAGGAGCAUGGGAGUGGCAGGUCGAGUGGCAGUGUGGGAGGGAGUGGGAGGUCGAGCAGCAGUGUGGGUGGGAGCGGGAGGGCAACCGGCAAUGUUGUUCGGCGCAGGAGAGCGAGCGGGAGCGGGGAGAGCGAUGUGAGUGGCGUGCAGUUGAGUGCGGACGAGGGUGAGGGCAAGGGCGCAGGUGGCAGCAGGAGAGAGCAGCGGCAGCGGGAGAGGAAUGCAGUGGGAGAGAGGGGGAAGACGGGGAAGGAGAGAGAGGCGGGGAAGAAGGGUGGGCAGAGGAGGAAGGUGCACGAGGAGGGAGCGGAAGGAGAGAAGGGAGAGUGGACUCCUGGGGACGGGGGCAAGGAGGAAGCGGAAGAGGUGGGGGCUGAGAGGGUGAGUACAGAAGGGGAGGAAAGUGGAGAGCACGGGGUGCGGCAUAAGAAGCUGGCGAAGGGGUCUGAUGGUGUGCAUGCAGGGGUGGGCAGGAGUGCAGGCGCAUGCACGGAGAGGAGACAUGGUGAGGAGCACAAAAGGGGUCAUGAGAGGUCGGGAAGCAAGGAGAGCAGCAGGCACGAGGGCAAUAAGCACGAGAGCAGCAAACACGAGAGCAGAAGGCAUGAGAGCAGCAGGCACGACAAGGACCGUGAGAAAGGUCAUGCGGUGGAGCAUGGGGAGGGAAAGGCACAGGAGAUUCUGACCCCGAAGCAUCCAGAAAAGAGCCCGAGGAAAGCAGGUAAGGCGUCUAAGAGCUCGAAGGGUGCAGCAGCGAUGAAGAGUCCGAAGAGAUCAAAAAAGAGCCCGCGAGGGGUUGAGAAGAGUCCGAGGGGGGUUGAGAAGAGUCCGAGGGGGGUUGAGAAGCGGCAUGGAAGGCACAAAGACAAAGACGAGGAGGGAUUACCUGUGGAGGUGGUGGGGGAUGGCGCAGCAGUGUGUGAAGCGGUUGAGAUGGGUGCAGUGGGGCAUGGGGUGCAAGUGAAGGAGGAGAGCGGGGCGGGGGGACGAGAACAGAGGGACUUGGGUAAGGUGGAGGAGGAGGGUGAGAGUGGGACGAGGGAACGGGACAAGAAAGGGGAGAAGCAGCGGAAGGAGAAGCGGCACAGUAGGGAGGAGAAGCGAAAGCAUGGGGGGGAGAUUGGGGAGGGUGAAGGGGAGAAGGGGAAGCACGGGGGGAAGAAAGAGGGGAAGAAAGGGAAAGAGGGGCGAGCGAAGGGAGAGAGUGUGGGAGAGAAGGGAAGCCAUGAGGAGAGGCAAGGGGAGCACGGUGAGAGGAAGGGUCAUGGGAAGAAGAAGGACGGAGAGCAUAAGGAAAAGAAAGGGAAGCACAAGGAAGAGAAAGGGAAGCACAAGGAAGAGAAAGGGAAGCACAAGGAAGAGAAAGGGAAGCAUAAGGAAGAGAAAGGGAAGCACAAGGAAGAGAAAGGGAAGCAUAAGGAAGAGAAAGGGAAGCACAAGGAAGAGAAAGGGAAGCAUAAGGAAGAGAAAGGGAAGCACAAGGAAGAGAAAGGGAAGCAUAAGGAAGAGAAAGGGAAGCACAAGGAAGAGAAAGGGAAGCAUAAGGAAGAGAAAGGGAAGCACAAGGAAGAGAAAGGGAAGCAUAAGGAAGAGAAAGGGAAGCAUAAGGAAGAGAAAGGGAAGCACAAGGAAGAGAAAGGGAAGCAUAAGGAAGAGAAAGGGAAGCACAAGGAAGAGAAAGGGAAGCAUAAGGAAGAGAAAGGGAAGCACAAGGAAGAGAAAGGGAAGCAUAAGGAAGAGAAAGGGAAGCACAAGGAAGAGAAAGGGAAGCAUAAGGAAGAGAAAGGGAAGCACAAGGAAGAGAAAGGGAAGCAUAAGGAAGAGAAAGGGAAGCAUAAGGAAGAGAAAGGGAAGCACAAGGAAGAGAAAGGGAAGCAUAAGGAAGAGAAAGGGAAGCACAAGGAAGAGAAAGGGAAGCAUAAGGAAGAGAAAGGGAAGCACAAGGAAGAGAAAGGGAAGCAUAAGGAAGAGAAAGGGAAGCACAAGGAAGAGAAAGGGAAGCAUAGGGAGGAUAGAGGGAAGCAGGAGGAGGAGGGUGAGCAUGGGGAAGGGUCUUGUGAGACUGGUGGUGGUGUCAAGACGGAGAGGGAGGUGGGUGGGAGGGCAGGGGGAGCGAGGCGAGGGAGGGAUGGGGAGAAGCGGAGGAAGAGCAGCAGUGGGUCCGACUCCGUGCUCUCACAUACCCAUGCCUCCCUGGCCUCACCUCUGGACCACUCCUUGCCUCCCACCCCUACUGCUGCUGCCGUUACUGCUGCUGCUGCGGCUGAGGCCACGCCAUGCCACACCGCUUCCAGCAGCUGUGCCUCCUCCUCAGACUUGAGUCUGGAUCUGCAUGCCCAUCCGCACGCGGCCAUGCAUGGUGCCGUGCACGCACCCCUUGAUGUGGCACAUCCCCUCGAUGUGGCACAUCCCCUCAUACACGUUUCCCCUGCACCACCUCCCCCUGUGCCCAGCACUGCAUACCAGAAUGGGGCAGCUGAUGCGGCUCACCCUGAUGUUGUCACCGCUCGCACUAGUGAUGGCGACAGUAGCAAUGGUGGUGAUGUCACUGACUCACAGCAGCACGCGCAGGCAGCUUUGCACUUGCUUGGUAAUUUGAACAGCACCGCUGUUGCCGGUGCUGCUGCUGCUACUGCUGUAGUGGCUGCUGCUGAUGCGCAUGGAGGUGCGCGCCUGGAAGGCAGCACGGGGCUGCAGGCAUGUGGACUGCAGGGAUGGGUGCAGGACGGUGGGGAUGCACUGCCGUGUGGCGAUGGGGAGGAGAGGGGAGAUGAUGAGGAGCAAGGGGAAAGGGGGGAGGAGGACGACAAGGUGGAGGUGGAGGAGGAGUUGGAGGAGGGGGAGAUAGGGGAAGAAGGGGAGGAAGUUGAAGAGGGAAAGGAAGGGGAAGAGGGGGAGGAGGGCGAGGAGGAGGAGGGGGAGGAGGGCGAGGAGGGGAGGGGGGUGCAGGUGUAUGGCAUGGUACCUGUGGAGGAUGAGGUGUUGCUGGUGGGGCUGGAGGCACAUGAGGCGUGCAGUGAUGCAUGUGAUGAUGCACGUGGUGAAGUUUGUGAGGAUUCGCCCCACAGCCAGCAGGCUUGCCAGCAAAGGCAGGCAGAGCAGCAGCAGCAGCAGCAGCAGCAGCAGUUGCAGGAGCAGGAGCAAGAGGCGGAGCAGCAGAUGGAGCCGCUAGCGGUUGUGGGGUCUGUGCGAGCAGAGGAGGGGCAAGUGAAGGAAUCCGCCACAGCAGCUGCAGCAGCUGUGGCAGAUACUGACGUGGCAGGUGCUGGCGAGGCAGGUGGUGAUGUGGCAGUUAGUGACGGCACAGGAGGUGACAUGGCAGGUGAGGCUGGUGCAAGGGCAGGGGCUCUGGUGGAUGCAGCAUCAGCAGACGCUGCAAGGGAUAUCGGCCAGGAGGCAUCCCAGCCUGCUACCAGCCACAAGGAGAGUCGCAGCUGCAGCGAAGCAAGCAAGGAGGAUGGCGAUAGUGGUGCAGAGGAGAAGGAGGAGCAAGGGGCUGUGAGCGCAUGCAAUGAGGGGGAGGGGCAGGGCCGCAAGGCAGCGCUGCUCUCACCUCUGCACCUGGGGUCGUUCAAGCUCUCUGCAUGGAGCCCUGGCGGUGCACCAGUCGAGGGUAACAGAGGGGAUAGCAUUGGUGCUGCCAUGAUGGGCAUGGAAGAGCAGAGGAGCUUCCGCUUUCACCCCGCCACCUCUCUUGUCAUUCACGUGCCUCGCACCGCAUCCCCCUCGCCCCCUCACUCCCCCGCCUCCUCCUCGCCCUCCUCCUCCGCCCUUACUCCCGCUCCAACCACCCCCACGGCCCCUCUCACUCCCUCCACGCCGCUCACUCCCUCCACGCCGCUCACCCCACGACGCAGCAUCUUCACGCCUCGCUCGCUGCUCUCUGCGUCGCUUGGUGCGUUUACUGGCAGCACAGGCAGUGGCCUGGGCAAGGGGCGAGCAGGCAGCAGCAACACCGGAAAGAGUCCCUUUUUCCACUCCCACUCGUCCCAGCCACACCACCACCAGCAGAAGCAGCAGGAGAACCAGCAGCAGCAGCAGCAGCAGCACGAGCAGGAGCAGGAGCAGGAGCAGGAGCUUAUGUAUCCAGACGAGUUGCAUGCCUCCAAUGCCCCCCCUUCCUGCUCGCCUCGCCUCGCCUUCUCUCGCCCCUCCGCCCGGCCCUCGCUCUCCGCCCUCUCUUCCUUCUCCUCCUUGCUUGCAUCGCCCCGCACGCCCUCAGGGGGAACUCCCAGCAAGGCUGUUGACAGCUGGUUCAGGAGCAGCAGUGCCAGCAGUGCUGCCACUUCUGUCAGCGCUUCUGGUGCUGCUGCAGGUUCAACUGGCGCUGGUGCAGCAGGUGCGGCUGGGGGAGGUCGUACUCGUGGUUUUGGUGGUGGGAGCUGGAUUGAAGGGAGAAAACCAAGGAGCGAGCACUAUUUGAAGGAGCAGCAGAAGCAGAAGCAGCAGCAGAAGGAGGAAGAGGAACAAGGGAAGGUGAAGGCAAAGGCGAAGGGGAAGGGGCAGAGGCAGGGCGAGCAGCAGCGACCAAAAACAGCCUCUGCAGCAGUAGGCCGGGCAAAGGGGCGGCUGGGGCAGUCAGGGAUAACCAACAGUGGCAGCAGUGGUAGCAGCGCCGCCGCAGCCACACAUGCGAAGGGCAGCAGUGGCGUUGCCAACCCCAAGCUCCCUAUUGCUGAUGAUCCCAUUGCCCUUGACAGUUCUUCCACCAUCAGCCAUGCGGCCAAUCCCGUAGCUCGACCCCGUGCCUCCUCUCUUGCUGCUGCGCCUCCGGCUUCUGCUGCUGCUGGCGCCAGUAGUGCUGCUGCUGCACGUAAUGCUGCUGCUGCCAUUCUUCACAGUAAAUCCUGCCCCAGUCCCACCUCCCCGCCCUCCAUGGCCCUCCCAACCACCCCGACAAGCAGGAAGAAGUACACCCUCAUCGACCCUCCUGCCCACAGAAAGCGCAACGAGACAGCUAAUAACGAGGACAAGAGCAAGAGAAGCAGUGGCAGUGGCAGCGGGCAGGCACGCCGGCACUCGAUGCCGUUUGACUUUGCUCCCGGUGAUUCCUUACGAUCCUCUGCUUCUGAUGGUGGCAGUGCAAGGGAGAUAGCAAAGCAGGGCAGCAGCAAGAGCAGCAGAGAGGGUGUUGAUCGGCAGUGGGAGGUGAGUGGGAGUGAAGAAGAGGCCAGCAGCAGCAGCAGCAGCAGUGGUAAGGAGCAGGGGACGUCCAGAGGAAGCACUGGCAGCCAGGGGACUGCUAGGAAGGAGGGCAGACAGGGGCAGCAAGGAGGAACAGUGGUUGGCUCUGAGGGAGCUUCAGGUGGUGCUGAUGGCAAGAGCGGCAGAGCAGAGGCAGCAGGCGCUAAGGGGAAACUGCCCUCACUGUUGGAGAGGCUGGGGAAUCAGUCACCUUCCCUCUCACCCACUCAACCCAAGGGAAUUCAGUCCCCUUCCCGCUCACCCAUCCCACCCAAGGGGAUUCACCCCUUCCUUCUCACCCAUCCCACCCAAGGGGAUUCACCCCUUCCUUCUCACCCAUCCCACCCAAGGGAAUUCACCCCUUCCUUCUCACCCAUCCCACCCAAGGGGAUUCACCCCUUCCUUCUCACCCAUCCCACCCAAGAGGAUUCACCCCUUACUUCUCACCCAUCCCACCCAAGGGAAUUCACCCCUUCCCUCUCACCCAUCCCACCCAAGGGGAUUCACCCCUUCCUUCUCACCCAUCCCACCCAAGGGGAUUCACCCCUUCCUUCUCACCCAUCCCACCCAGGGGGAAUCACCCCUUCCUUCUCACCCAUCCCACCCAAGGGGAUUCACCCCUUCCUUCUCACCCAUCCCACCCAAGGGGAUUCACCCCUUCCUUCUCACCCAUCCCACCCAAGGGGAUUCACCCCUUCCCUCUCACCCAUCCCACCCCAAGGGGAUUCAGUCCCCUUCCCUCUCACCCACCAAACCCAAGGGAUUCAGGCCCCUUCCCUCUCACCCACCCAACCCAAGGGGAUUCAGUCCCCUUCCCUCUCACCCACCCAACCCAAGGGGAUUCAGGCCCCUUCUCUCUCACCCGCUCAAGGGUGGCCUGGUGACGGGCAGAGAAGGGGGAGUGGGACAGGAGAGAAAGGGAAGGAGGUUAGGGAUGUGACGUGA